CAGGUUCCCAUCAUGGCAGCCGUGAUAAACACUGAACUAGAUCCAAUUUUUCUGAAGGCACUUGGUUACCUUCAUUCCAAGAGCAAGGACUCGGCUGAAAAACUGAAGGCGUUACUGGAUGAGUCUCUGUGCAGGGGCAUUGACUCUGGCUAUCGACCUCCUCAGAAAGUGAGCAACACAUUUUGAAUAGAUGAUACAGGAUCCAUGUGCCUUUUUAAAAGGCUCAUAUAUUGCAAAUUUCGACCACAUACUGAUUCUGAUUGAAUCCUGACAUGGAUUAUAGAACAUUAUCCAGACAUGUAGUUUGUUAAUGAUAUUUAGUAAUUAAGCAGCACUCUGGAAACUGGCAUUCUAAAACUCUGUCUGACCGCAGUCCGAAUACUAUGUGACUGACCUAGCACCUGUUUAUAAAACUGUUAUUUUUCUGUUUAGUACAACACUUAUCAUGCCUUGGCAUCAAGUAAAAUAUUUAAAUGUUUCCACUUGGCAACCUAACUACAGACUUUUAAGGGAUAAAAUGAAAAAAUUCUUCCACUCUGCUAUCUUGACCUAAAUGUUAAAACUUACAGUUAGCUCACAAUUGUUAAUAAUUGUGCAUAUAUGUAUAAGUAUUAGGUAAGGGUGAGCCCUAAACCGGAGCAAGGAGGACUCAAUGAUAAGUCAUUUGAGGGACGAAGUAACUAAAAUCUACUUUGAUUUAUGAGCCUUGUAGUAAUUACUACUUUUUAACUUACAUUUUAAGGAAAUUGACCAACCCAAAGUAACAAUGUCCAAACCGAAGCCAGAAGUGAAAGGCAGCAGCUCAUCUGUGAGUGGCAUUCUGAGCAAAUCUCUUCCACCAGAGAAGUUGAAGAAGGAGGCAGAGAAGAGAUCAGCUGACAAGGUAGUAGUCCACUACAGUAUUACCAUGUGUUUCCUAUUUCUGUGUUGAGAACGUUAGUAACACCAUGGUAAGGAUAAUUUCCAUUCUGUUUCUCGUUAACUUACCCCGGUAAAUUCUUUUGGUGGUGAAUAGUGCUGCAAAAGUAAUCAGAAAACAUAUCUCUGUGGCCCUACAGUGUUCAGGGCGACAUUGUCAAUCAUCAUACUGUAGGGUGUUUGAUCAUCAGCACAGUAAUGCUGUAUGAGCGUAUGUGCACUCAGGCAUUUCUUCAGUGGCACUACAAAGGUUAAUGUGAUAUGCAUGCUGUGUAAAUUUAAAUACACCAUUGAGAUUUUUAGUAAAAUUAAAUCAUGGCUAGAAACAUAGUAUGUGACAGCAGAUAAGAACCAUUCAGCCCAUCUAGUCUGCCCAAUUUUCGAAAUACUUUUAAUUAGUCCCUGGCCUUAUCUUAAGUGUAGGAUAGCCUUAUGCCUAUCCCAGACAUGCUUGAACUCCCUCACUGUGUUAACCUCUACCACUUCAGCUGAAAGGCUAUGCUAUUCUAUGCGUCCACUACCCUCUCUGUAAAGUAAUACUUUAAUUAUUUUUAAACCUUUGCCCCUCUAAUUUAAGACUAUGUCAUCUUGUUGUGGUAGUUUUUUCUUCUUUUAAAUAUAGCCUCCUCCUUUAUGGUGUUGCUUCCUUUUAUGUAUUUAAAUGUUUCUAUCAUAUCUCCCCUGUCUCGUCUUUCCUCCAAGCUAUACAUGUUAAGAUCCUUUAACCUUUCCUUUAGUUUAGUAGCCCUUCUCUGAACUCUUUCUAAAGUAUCAAUAUUCUUCUGGAGAUAAGGUCUCCAGUACUGUGUACAAUACUCCAAGUGAGGUCUCACCAGUGUUCUGUACAAUGGCAUGAGCACUUCCCUCUUUCUACUGCUAAUACCUCUCUCUAUACAACCAAGCAUUCUGCUAGCAUUUCCUGCUGCUCUAUUACAUUGUCUGCCUACCUUUAAGUCAUCAGAAAUAAUCACCCCUAAAUCCCUUUCCUCAGAUGUUGAGGUUAGUACUCUAUCAAAUAUUCUGUACUCUGCCCUUGGGUUUUUACAUCCAAGAUGCAUUAUCUUGCACUUAUCCACAUUAAAUGUCAGUUGCCACAACUCUGACCAUUUUUCUAGUUUACCUAAAUCAUUUGCCAUUUGGCUUAUCCCUCCAGAAGUAUCAACCCUGUUACAUAUCUUAGUAUCAUCAGCAAAAAUACAUACCUUACCAUCAAGACCUUCUGCAAUAUCACUAAUAAAAAUAUUAAAGAGAAUGGGUCCAAGUACAGAUCCCUGGAGUACCCCACUAGUAACUAGACCUUGCUUGGAAUAGACUCUGUUGACUACAACCCUUUGUUGUCUGUCAAAGUUCCUUUACCUCAGAAACCUUAUUACAAGCCAAACCAUUUGUCCCUAGAUGGACAGGUCCAUCCAAUUCCCCUUGCUGCUUUGCUUGCAUAACAAUAUUACAAAUACGUCUCCUGUCUCUGUGAGCAGUAGCUCCAGGAAGACAUCUCACAAAGCCACUAUUGUUCAACUCCACACCUCUUAAGAUAGAAUCCCCCAACAACAACUGCUUUCUGUCAGGCCUCACCUUGUCCUUUUUGUCAUUGGCUGCACUCUUGCUCACCUUAGGCAUAGAGGAUGGUGGUUCCACAAACUCGGUGCCUGAGCCUUUCUCAGUAACACCACUACAAUCUGAAAGUGCAAAAAAUUAAUUAUGUAGAGACACAGACUGUGCAGUAUGCCUUUUGUCUAUAUCGGUCAGUCUACCAGAUCCUACAGUAAUGCAUCUGCCGUUCCUAGGACAUCUCUUCGGCAGUGGAUUUCCACCAGUCCCAGCCUUUGCUUGUUUAACAGAUAAUUUACAAAUUUACGACUUCAAAAAUACAAUCUCCUGCUGUAAUAUAGAGAACUGUCUACAGAUUAGAAAACAUCCAAACUUCCAAAAAGUGGAGCAUGAAACAAAUGCACAACAACUAUUACACUGAACUAAGUCUGCCGUUUAAAUCAAACAAAUCUUAAUUUUUAUUUUAUUUUUUCCCACCUUCUGUGUACCUCAGAUUACCUGCAGUCUAUCUCCAGAAUAUCUCCAAAUACACUUUGUAGCAGCACUUAGAAGCAGCUGCCAAGCUAUAUGGCUAAUUUGUCGAAAAUGUGAAUCCCUAAUUUAAAGUCUAUUUAGUAACAAACGAGAUGUCCAGACGCCACAAGUAAGCAGCUGCCACAGUGUUAAUAAAGAGUGGAUAUGUCAGCUGUAAUUGGUACUUACCGUGUCUGAAAUUUCAAGGGACAUGUCCAGCCAAGUCCUAAAUCAUUAUUCAGCUUUAAAUGUUACUUGCCAAAUGAGUGUAACAAUAUUUUAUGUGUGAUUGUUUCCCUGUUAUUCUCAAUAUGUAUAUGUUUGGUAUUAGCUGAAGGUGGAGCUAAGUGACCUAGCAGACUUGCCAAAGAAACCUUGCUUGGAGAAACCAGAAGCCCGUUCCUCCCCCAUCACUGUGCAGACCAGCAAGGAUUUUAUCACGAUUGGUCUUUCAAGUGUGAUGAAUGAUGAGACCAGUGCUGAUGAUUUUGCCAUGGAGAUGGGCCUGGCCUGCGUUGUGUGCCGGUGAGUUUGUACAGUCCGUUCAGUUUUCUUUUUGUGAUGAUUUUUUUUAAUAUUAUUUUUCUAUUGAGAACGUAGAUUUUAUGUGAUCUAUUAAUAAGUUGGAUAAUGGUUAACUUGGACACAUAACUUUGCAAUGUGCAAGUAAAACAAGAAGCACCAUUUUUUGUAUACUCUAUUUUAUCACAUAGUUUUUCAUGCCCUGUGAAACACAUUUUGAUUUGGAUUUUACUACACUGGCUGGUUGCUUAUAGAUUAAUUGAUCUUGCUACCCUAUACUCUCAUAGAAGGUGUAUUAUAGCAGGUAUCAAACAGCUGUAGCCGAGAAAAUCCAAUGCACUGUGCAAUUUUAAUGUUUAAUGAUUAUCUAAAAUAUCAAACUUGUCGUUUUCAGACAAAUGACUGUAUUCUCUGGUAACGUGUUGGUUGAAUGCCAGGAAUGCCACAAUCUGUACCAUCAGGACUGCCACAAACCCCAGGUCACAGAUAAGGAUGUGAAUGACCCUCGUCUUGUCUGGUAUUGUGCCCGCUGUACCAGGCAAAUGAAAAGAAUGGUAGGCAUUCUGUGGUCCAAAAUUUACAAAAAAAAUCUUUUCAGAAAUUUAAGAGUAGGGAAAGGCGACCAGAAUGUGAUAUUGCAUUGUAUUUGUUUUAUUUAGUUUCAGUAAAUCAGAUCAUCUGAGAUGGAUAGUGUAUCAUUAAAAAGGUUACAUUUGGUGUAUUUUGCUCUGUUCAAUAAACCAUAUUAUGUAUUUGCUAAAAGGGUUACCAUCUGAAGCAAAAAAACAAAAAACUAUAGCUAGUCUGUGUAUGUGUUUCUAUACAGGGUCUUGUAGGUUUUGUUUUCUAUUUCUAUGUUCCAUGUAUUAUUCAGGCACAAAAGAAUCAGAAGCCCUCUCAAAAGCCUGUGCCGUCCUCAGUAACUACAGUUCUACCAGUUGUAAAGGAUCCAUCCAUCAGCAAACCUGAACAGAAACCCAAGCCAGAUUCUGCAAACACAUUUUUAGCAUUUAAAAGAGCAGAAGUUAAGGUAUGGUUUUUCUUAAUUUAAUGUGAAAUGCAGAAUGUGUAUAUUAUAAGAUAAAAAUCUUAAUCAGUUCUUGUAUUUUAUAUAUACAUAUAUUAAUAUAUAUAUAGCUCCAUAAAGCAUAUUUACAUCGUAGAACUGAUAUCUGCUAUUUAAUUGUAGCAGCUACAAUUGUUUUCUUGUUUUAAAUAUUGAUAUUCAAAAUGUGCCUGACAUUCGUCCUCUAUUCUGGGAGAUAUUUUAAGGACUGUAUUUUGGUUAGGCUUUUUAGAAAUUCAGCACGGGACACCCUAGGUGCCAAAAUCACUACGUCUUAAUGAAUGGGUUUUGGUCCAAAGGUCCCGUCCCUUUUAUCUGGCUCUGUAAAACAAUGCUGUCUGAGAAAAAGCCAUGUUUUCAUUUUCAAUAACUUUUAGUGGCUGUUUAUCUGAGCUUUCAUAUUGAAGAUCUUUGAUUUUCUUUAUGUUCAUGCGUCAUCCAACACCACUUGUUUACACUGAGCAUCUUGUCUAAGAGAAGCUUUGCUUUGGAUCAAGAUUAUCAAAUAUGUUCAGCUCAGAGAAGGUGGAGUGGUUGUUGGGGGAGACUGCCUCCCCCAGAUUAUAUGUGUGGCUAAUUGCUUUUUCCUUCAUUUUUUAUAUUUUUAAAGGGGUGAUGCCCUAAAUCCAGUACAGUAAAGGAAUACCCAAAGGUUAAACAUAAAUAUAUUUAUAGUUAACAUUACAGGAGUCCUUUUAAAGAUUUUUUACGAGCAAGUAAAACAGCCUUUAAAUAAAUCAUAUACACUUUAGCAGUAGGAUCAAGUGAGAACUAGCAUUUAUAGGUACACCAUGAAAAAAUGUUAUGCCACCUUCUUCACCUAUCUAGUGCCAGUUCCUGCUGUUCUUUCUUAUCUGCAUCCAACCAAUUUUUCUUGCUGCCUCUCAUCCAUUCAAGUUGUCCUUUCCCUCCAAGUUCCACAUGCAUUUCUGAUAAAGAGAGAGACAUGUUUUUUUUUACCUGUCAAAGCAGCUUGGAAUGACUGUCCACUGCUAAGUCCAGCCAGUCUGACAUCACACAAAGUACGGUACUGUGUCCCAGAAUGAAUUACCUGGGGAAGGGAGAUUAUCUGCUGGUUAAUGUUUCUGUUCGGUGGUGAGUGAUGAAUGAUCUACUGUAUAUUAUUUAGUUGAACUCUCAGGUUUGUUUUGUCAGAGAGCCUCUAUUAAUAUAGAGCAGUGGCUGUUAUUCGGAGUUGCUAUUUAUUUGCAUCUCCUUUCUACUAUAAGAAUUUAAAGUCUUAAUCAAGAUUUUUAAGAUUCUCAAGGAAAUGUUGACAUUUUCUGUGCUGCAUUAGUAGUUGCUAGUUGUAAAACUGUUUCUUGGUGCUUCCACAGUACCUUGAUGGUAAUUCUGGGUAAACUUGUCAGUCUGCUGUAUAGUGUUAGUGUAGAUUAUCUCCGUGUUUGCACAACACAGUAAAAUAAUUUUGCAAGUUAUGGUUGUACAGGAGAUUUGCAGAUUAAUAUGUCCACUCAUGGUGAAGUUCUAAUUUAGGAAGAAGAUGCUGUUAUUAUAGCCAUUCUAUUUUAAACAAGCCUUUUUUUCAUUUUUGAAAGGCAUAUGUGUGCCAUCUGGCAGGUAAUAUUUUUCCAAGCGAUAGCAAUGGGGAAAAACAUAAAUGUGUGUGCUGCGUAAAUUGUAUGGUUUUCCUUGUGAAUAUUCUCUUUCACACCAACUCUACUGCCAAUUUCUUAAACAAAUCAUUGUUGGCUGACACUAACAUUUUUCUUUUCUGAGUAAAAAAAAAAGUCUUUAAUAGAAGGAAAGAAUAAACAGUGUAAACAAAUGAACAAAUGCUGUUGGAUUGAGCGGGUAUUCCACAUAUUAAGAAAGUUGUGGUUUUAUCCUCUAAUAGGACGUCUGUGCUUUAGCCUUCAGCUUGCACAGUGUCCCUUCUUGCACACUCUUCUUUCCCCUCUCCCAGCUGUCAGUCACAUAGCCAGCAAGGCACUUUUCCUGAUUCUGUACUGGGACAGAAAGUGGAAAAUAAUGCUUCUAAUAGAGAAGCAUCAGAUUGGUUGGGAAAUAAUCUACCACGGCAAGGAGACCCUCUCACUGCUAGAUUAAAGGGAAUUAACAUCUUUGUUUUGAAGGUGGCCCACAAGUCUAAACAACAGUCUAGCAUUAUAAAUAACGCUUUAGUAUUCCCUAAUCCUACUUCAUAUUUUCCACUGAAAAAGUUGUCCUUAUAAUUCUUUAUCAUGGGUUUACAAUUGUUCAAGAUGAGUAUGUUUCUUGCUAUUAUUUACCAAUACUUGUUUUUACUUUGUCGUGAAUUAAGGUAUCAGCUGCAGUGUCCUCCAGUUCCUCAAGUUCUGCAGCCUCAUCUACAGCUGCAAGUGGCCUCACAGGAUGGGCUGCAUUUGGGGCCAAAACUGCAAGUGCUGCGCCAGUAUCAGCCAAGUUGAGUUCAACAGCACCGUCUAGCAGUGGGAAGCCGCCUGCACUUUCUGCAGGACAGAAACCUACAGGUACAUCUGGAAUGGCCACUUCUAAAACUGGUUCAGUGUCUAAAACUGGAUCUAGCAGCAACACCUCUAAUACCAUCCCAUUUAAACCUCUGCCACCUCUUAUACUUGGCAAACCUGGUCUCAGUCAUUCCUUGAGUAGUGACAAUGUCAGCAAAACCAGCCUGCCCAGUCCAAGCACAAACACAUCUGGCAGCAGCAGUCAACUGAUUAGUGGAAAUGGAGGAGGCAAUUCUUCAGGAAACAGUGGGAGCAGUAGUAGCAAAGCGACCGUGGACCCCAAUAAUCAGCAGUCUGGAGCAAAAGGCCCCACAUCUCAGGAAUCUCAAUUGAAUGCAAUGAAGCGCUUGCAAAUGGUGAAGAAGAAAGCUGCACAGAAAAAGCUAAAGAAGUAAUGUCAUGAUAAACUCAAAAUGCAAUCUAUUUAUUGGCUAAUGUGGCAGACUGCUAGCAUCAGACAGUUGUUAGGGAAGAGUACUCUGAAUAUAAUAUGAUAGAUUAGGAAGUUUAGUUACUUAUAAUUUAAUUUGUACGGUUGUGAAAUUUGUUUCCCCAGUCAAUACCACCACUUUGUUACUAAAUUUGAUUAUCUCUGUAAUCAAACCAUUGACCAGGUGAUAAUGAAUACUGUUUUUAAAAAGACUCUCUAGAGGAGACACAUAUUAUAAACUUUGAUUCAGAGAUCUGAUCCACCUGCAGAGGCCAAUAAAUCCUCUCUGGGUAGUGGUUCCCUACCACUACCGUCCUAUAGCUUUCUGUGCAAGAAUUAGUUAACAUUUUGUGUGUAUGUCAUGGUUUACUAACUUGAAAUGAACAUCAACCACCUGUAACUCAACACAAGCAUCACAUCUUUCAUUAUAAUAACAUAGCAAAAAGUAAUAAUGAAAACGACAUCAACAGAUAACUUUUCAAUAACGUUUAUUAAAAAAUAUGUUGGCAUUUUAUUUUGAGAAAUUUACAUGUGGCCAGACCAUCUAGUUGUUUUUUUUGAUUCAGCAAUGUAAGUCAUUUUCCUAUAAAAGUUAAUCUUGAUCAGCAGCGGCCUGAAGUGUUUCUAAUCUUAAAAUGACAAGUCAAGUUUGUUUCCAAAUUCAUGUGUUUUUUAAUUUUAUUUUUGUUUACUUUCUUAUUCCUCUUUGUUAACCCACAGUAGGGACACUGCAACUCUAUAGACAAAUUAUUGAAACCAUGCCUCCAUCAGCAUUAUGUCAGAUUUGAUGCUCUAUUUUGGAUUAUUUUGAGCAUAGUCUCACUAUAGAGUGUAUUAUUUGUAUAUGAAUUUCAGUCUUUCUACUGAUGCAGUAUAUUAUAUUAAUCAAAGAAUGAUGUACAUGGAUAGGGUACUUGUACAACAAAAUAAAC